AUGAAUUCCUAUCUCCUCAACAGAGCCCUUGGGUCUGUAACUCCAAAUGAUUUUCAUCUUGCUCAAACAACCCGGCUAGUGCACAACCUUGAGCCCGCUCCAGGUAUACGGUUCUCCAGCCGCAGAGCAGCUACGCCAACAGACCAGUCCGAAGAUGAUGUGGCGCCUUUGGAUCAAGAGCUAGGUCUCACAGCUCAGGUAUUUGCUCACAAGUCUGGUGUGAAUUGUCUGGCUAUCGAUCAUAUGAUAUCGGGAGGUGCCGAUCCAUCGAUUCAUCUCUGGGACCUUGAAUCAAGAGGCUCAGAAUUUGAACACGUUCAUCAAUCUUGCGCGUCCGUCAGCAAAUCCUCUCAUGCUGACGCGCAUACGCAUGCGAUUACCUCCCUCUCGAUCUACCCGUUUGAUCCCGUCCCAUCAACGAUCUUCUCGACAGCACACGAUGGUACAUUAAAAAUGUCGGCGCUGCAAUCGCCCUCUAUCACCCCCAUCCAUACAUUCAAUCUGGACUGCACACCAUACUCACACUCGUUCUCCUCUCAGCCUGGGUCGACACUGCUCGUCGCAGUAGGUACGUCUGAGCGGGCGGUCCGACUAGUAGACCUACGAUCUGGACUAUCAACACAAGGUCUCCCAGGACACAAUGGUGCAGUCUUAUCAGUAGCAUGGGCACCUCACCGGCCACAUCUCCUAGCCUCUGCAUCGGUUGACAAUCGAGUAAUCAUAUUCGACGUGCGUCGCGGAGGUCACAACUCUGCCAUCGCUACCUUGGACAUGGACGAUCCAGUGGGACUAGUGGCCCCAGGAACUGGAUCUGUACCGGUCUCAUACGAGAGUCGUCCAGCCUUCUCCCGACAUGCCCGUGCCCACAAUGGGCCGGUGACCGGAGUACGGUGGACUUCUAAUGGCAGUCACAUCGUGACGACGGGACAGGAUUCCCGGAUUCGAGUCUGGGACUCCGCAACGGGCGCCAAUAGUCUUGUUCAUUUCGGCCCUCGGGUCCGUAAUAGCUCUUCCUCGCACCUGGCUGAACGGGCACCCUUAAUCGUGCCGAGAGGCUCCAUGAGUCCAGGGCAUGAAACGCUGCUGUGGCCGAAUUUCAAUGAGCAGGAUGAUCGUGGUGAGAUUUUCAUGUUCGAGCUCCGCGAGGGGACAUUCAUUAAGCGUCUCCGCGUCCCAGGUCUCGCGGCUGGAUCGCAGAAUGUCCGUGGUCGGUCGAGUGCUUUAAGUGCGGCGCGUAUCAACGACCUUGUCUGGAGAGGAAACGGUGCCUCGGGAGAGGGGAUAGAGCUAUUCUCCGCACACGGCGAUGGAACGAUUCGGACAUGGGCGUCUCGGCAACCCGACGGCGAACCCACUGAAACCGAACAAGCUGCCCAAGCCGAUCGCAAGAGAAAGCGAGAUGUUCUCGAAGAGAUAUAUCAAGGAUUUCUUGGACCUGGACAACCCGGGCUACGAAUCUGA